GGGGCCUGGGAAAGAAUCCCGACACGACACGAACAAAGCGUUACAGCAUGAGCCGCGCUCGCGAUAAUGAUGAUGGCGCUCCAGGCCCUUCUUCGAGCACCAACGUCAUCCUCGUCAUCGUCCCUCGCGACUGCCUCUCGCUCGCCGCAUGGUCCCGUCCUCAUUGCUCCGAUUGCACCGUCCGCUCACUUCGCCUCGAGAGCUUCGUUCGGCCGAGAUUUCGAGCUCCCUUCAUUCCACCUCGUUUUCGGGCUCCCUCCAUUCCACCGCGAUCGCUCCUUCCGGCUCAGCGUCGAGCCAUGCAAGGCGGAAUUGGAAGCUAGACGGAGGAGAAAUCGCACGAGUGCCUAAAUUCUUCUGCAAGGGGACGUUGCUGUUGCUGUAACUAUCUGGCUGAGGGCCGAGGACUCGACCUGAGUUCACGGAAGAGCGUAGUAGACAAGAAGUGAAGACAUGAGGAUCUCUAUAACCAGAGCCUUGUCAAUCCUCCAGCGGUGUGCGCGAGAUUGCCCACAGCAGCAGCAUUCUUCUCCGUCUGUUGGCAAUUCAACAUUAUCUGGUGCAGUUCGGCUACUGUCUUCUCAAGCUCUUGCAACUUCCAAAGAACCUGAAGCAGGCAAUGUCCCAAAAAAGAGUCUGAAUCUCUUUUCUGCCAUCAACCAGGCUUUGCAUAUUGCUCUUGAAACUGACCCAAGAUCGUACAUAUUUGGAGAGGAUGUCAACUUUGGAGGAGUUUUUCGAUGCACAACGAACUUGGCUGAUACUUUUGGCAAGCACCGCGUCUUCAACACGCCUUUGUGUGAACAGGGUAUCGUUGGUUUCGCAAUUGGUCUCGCAGCAAUGGACAACCGAGCAAUAGCUGAAAUUCAAUUUGCCGACUACAUUUAUCCAGCAUUUGACCAGAUUGUGAACGAAGCUGCAAAGUUUCGUUACAGGAGUGGCAACCAAUUCAACUGUGGAGGACUUACGAUACGGGCACCUUAUGGGGCAGUAGGUCAUGGGGGUCACUAUCACUCUCAGUCACCAGAGUCAUUCUUUUGUCAUGUUCCCGGUAUCAAGGUCGUAAUUCCUAGGAGCCCUGCUCAAGCAAAGGGCCUUCUUCUUUCAUCGAUUCGCGAUCCAAACCCUGUCGUAUUCUUUGAACCUAAGUGGUUGUAUCGUCAAUCGGUUGAAGAUGUGCCAGAGGGUGACUACAUGUUGCCUCUUUCAAAAGCUGAGGUGAUGCGGGAGGGGACGGACAUAACAUUGGUCGGAUGGGGAGCUCAACUCUCUGUUAUGGAGCAAGCGUGCAUUGAUGCUAGCAAGGAAGGUAUUUCGUGUGAGCUCAUAGAUUUGAGGACUUUGAUUCCGUGGGAUAGAGAGACCGUGGAAGCAUCUGUCAACAAAACAGGUCGAUUGUUGGUAAGUCAUGAGGCCCCAGUUACUGGAGGAUUUGGAGCAGAGAUUUCAGCAUCCAUUGUCGAGCGUUGUUUUCUGCGGCUGGAGGCUCCAGUAGCAAGAGUCUGUGGAUACGACACCCCUUUUCCUCUAGUUUUUGAACCCUUUUACAUGCCAACAAAGAAUAAGAUCCUCGAUGCAAUCAAGACUUCGGUCAGUUACUAGGAGCAGGCUAUACGGAACAAAGGAGCUAAGUAAAGGUGUGGGUACCAUGUAGUCGUAGGUCAGACCUCAGAGAACCUGGUGAUCGCAACUUGUGAAAUAUGUACAGAUAUGGGAGAUUCAUACGCAAAACUGAAUUAGCUUCGACAUACAUACCAAGUACAUAAAUUUAUCAUUGAGAAGGUCGGUUUGUUGAAGCUCAUGCACGAUUAUAAUAAACGAUUGUGAGGAAGUGAUAAUGACAGCGUAGUGGUGUGAAUUGCAAGCAACAAUGUACACGAAGAAGGUUGGCGAGAACGCAAACCGCUGAACGUCGGACAUGUAAGGCAGAUUCCAUACCAUGAAACACGCAAAAUGAUCAGAAAACUUCCC